UCCUUCCCCCACCCCAACCCCACAAUCUGAGUCUACUAUGCUAUAUGUUUCUGGGGAGAUUUCAGGAGAUUCUUGGGGGAUCUUUGCCUUCCUGUGUGCCGCACUCUGGAACCUGCCUGCGAUCCCCGCCCUGAACAGCACAGACGAGGUGGGUGCCGGCCAGUCCAUCCAGAAGACCUACGACCUCACCAGGUAUCUGGAACACCAGCUGCGCACACUCGCCGGGACCUAUCUGAAUUACCUUGGCCCACCCUUCAAUGAGCCAGACUUCAACCCUCCCCGGAUGACAAGGGCCGAGAUGGUGCCCAGUGCCACUGUGGACUUUGAGUUGUGGCGCAGCCUGAAUGACAAUGCCCGGCUGGCAGCCAAUUAUCGGGCCUACACGCACCUGCUGUGCUACCUGCGCAGCAUGGAUGGGCAGGUGGCCAAGGCCGAGCUGCGCAAGAACCUGGGCCACUUCUGCACCAGCCUGCAGGGCCUGGUGGUGAGCAUUGCCAGCGUCAUGUCCUCUCUGGGCUACCCGCUGCCCAGCCCGCUGGGCAGUGCCAACCCCACCUGGGCCCAGGGGCCAGGCUCCACGAGCCCCCACAAUGACUUCCUCAAGAAGAUGGAUGACUUCUGGCUGCUCAAGGAGCUGCAGACCUGGCUGUGGCGCUCCGCCAAGGACUUCAACCGCCUCAAGAAGAAGGUGCCGCCUGCUGCCCUCAUGCUGCGCCUCGAGAUGCGGGGUUUCUGACCCCUGCCCCCCCACAUCCCAUCACCACGCUGUGCCUCAAGGUGCGGGGCAUCUGCCCACUCCCACCCCACUCAUCAUGCUGUGCCUCAAGAUAAGGGGCCUCUGACUUCCACCUCCUCCCAGAUCUUCCGCACCUCCAAACCCAGGCUCCACUGUGCCUCCCACCUUUUACCCCUCACCCAUCUCUCUCCCUUCCAUGGUUUCCAGCCUCCUCCCCAUCUGUGAUGCCAUGCAGCAUGUCCCCAUCCUCCUCCCUCCCUUUCUGUGCCCUCCUGCCCCCACUUUUCCCUUAUUCUCCAGCAAGGGACCUAUUUGCUUUCCAAAACAGGGAAAUGACCCUCAUUCUCCCAAUACAGCCCAGAGCAGCACUAAGCCCCACCCCCAGAUCUGGACAGCAAUAAGCCCAUCCCAUUUCACCCAGAGCAACAAUAAACCCCAUCCCCAUGUGCUCUGGGCAGCAGUCAGCACUGUCUAUUUACCAGGGGCAGCCCUAAGCCUUGUCUGGCUUUGUCUCUUGCUCGUCAUACUCUGUACCUCUGGUUUGAUCCAAUUCUUCCUCUGCGUCCCCCUCCCCUGCUGCGAUCCGCCACCCCUCCUCUCAUGCACAGAGACCUGAACUCACCCAGCCUUUCCUCAGGUUCAGAGCCCCUGAC